AUGGAAUCUUCCGUAAUAUUAAAAGAUUUUUUGAUUUCGAGAUCAUACUUAGAGGACAUAAUAUCUUUUGAUCAAUUCUCAAAAUUGCUUAAAGGAGAAGCAGAUGAUGUUGUACAUCAACUCUAUUCGGAUCUCUCAAAGCAAAGAAUAGACGUUGUAGACCAAGUAAAACAACUGGUUGACAGAGAAUUUCAGUUACCGUUGGACAAUGUAAGGUAUUCAGCACAAACAGAUUUGAAGCAAAUAGGAAAGCUUAGCCUUGUGGAUUUACUUAAUAAACUAACUUCUUUGCAGGAGAGUAUCGCUUCUGAUUCUACUUCAUUAGAUAUUCAAAUUAGAGAGAUACAAACUGAAUUGAUGAAGUCAAUAGAAAAUUUAAGCAAUCUUAGAUUUGGAAAUUCAUGGGCUAGAGGUGGAGAUAAUACUGAAGUGCAAACAAUAGUACAAAAUUCAUUAGAAAGCAUAAAGAAAUGUGAAAGUUACAUUAAAAGAAGAAAGAUAGUACAGAAAGCAUAA